GCGGGGGCGGUGCUCGGCGGCGGCACCUUCCGCUGUCCUUCCCGGCGGGGCGCGCGGCGCGGCCAUGGCGCAGAACCUGAAGGACCUGGCGGGGCGGCUGCCGGCCGGGCCGCGCGGCGUCGGCACCGCCCUCAAGCUGCUGCUGGGCGCGGGCGCCCUGGCUUACGGCGUCCGCGAGUCCGUCUUCAUCGUGGAAGGCGGGCAGCGGGCCAUCUUCUUCAACCGCAUCGGCGGCGUGCAGCAGGACACCAUCCUGGCCGAGGGGCUGCACUUCAGGAUCCCCUGGUUCCAGUACCCCAUCAUCUACGAUAUCCGGGCCCGGCCGCGCAAAAUUUCCUCCCCCACCGGCUCCAAAGACCUGCAGAUGGUGAACAUCUCGCUGCGCGUCCUCACCCGCCCCAACGCCGCGGAGCUGCCCAGCAUGUACCAGCGCCUGGGCCUGGACUACGAGGAGCGAGUCCUGCCCUCCAUCGUUAACGAAGUGCUCAAGAGCGUGGUAGCCAAGUUUAAUGCUUCGCAGCUCAUCACUCAGAGAGCUCAGGUGUCUCUGCUCAUUAGGCGAGAACUGACGGAGAGAGCCAAGGAUUUCAGCCUCAUCCUUGAUGAUGUGGCUAUCACAGAGUUGAGUUUCAGUCGUGAAUACACAGCGGCUGUGGAGGCUAAGCAAGUGGCCCAGCAGGAGGCACAGCGUGCACAGUUCCUGGUGGAGAAGGCCAAGCAGGAACAGAAGCAGAAGAUUGUUCAGGCUGAAGGGGAAGCUACAGCUGCUAAGAUGCUCGGUGAAGCUCUGAGCAGGAAUCCAGGCUACAUCAAGCUACGUAAGAUACGAGCUGCUCAAAACAUUUCAAAAACGAUUGCUGGUUCACAAAACCGUGUGUAUCUCACAGCAGAUAACUUGGUACUGAACCUGCAGGAUGAGGGCUUUACCAGGUAAAGGGGACAGUUGUUGUGGGUGGAUUUACCUGCACCUUACCUGUGAAGCUGGUCUUCCCUCUGGAGCUCUCUCAGGAUCUUUCCUCUGAGAGGAGCCUGAUGCUAGAGGACAAUCAAGUAGGCUGCAGUCCUGCUUACUGCAGAAGUUAAUUUUUUUUCACUCUAAUUGAUUUACUCUUUUGUUUUUUCUUUCCUUGCCCCCUUGACCCUUACUGCAUCUCCUGGCACAGAGGAAG